UGUUAAAUUUCAAUAAUGAAACUUUUUUAUCAAUAUUUUUUGAUAACAAUAUGUUUUUUGAUAAAAGUGAAUUCCAUAAAGUUCUAUAGGAGUGUACGUCCAAAAAAAGUGUUCGAAAUAGCACCGUGCCCUGACAAUAGUGAUAUUGUUUCGCGUUUCGAAAGUGGCUUGAAAAAUGGUUACAAUAUAACGAUUAAGAAAACACUUUCUGUUACAACGGAAUUGCGUUUAUCAUUCGAUUCAGAAGCUGCUGUCUUAUUGGGCGACGGUGCAAGAUUUUCAAGUACUGAAGAUAAUGUUUAUAACAUAUUUAAAUUAAUUGUAACUAAAGAAAAAAAUGAUAUUACGUUUAUUAUAAAAGGAUUUCCUGCCCCUCACUCGCCGCCUUACUUAACUAGUCUCAAAAUUAACGAUGAAGAAAAUUGCAGACGACCGAAUUUGACAUAUUUCGAAGAAUUUCCAGUUGGAGUAACGAAACGCAGAAACGUUCCCGAUCGGUUCUGCGGUAAACGCAAGGUUCUGCACACUGAACUCAUAGUCAGCGGAGUUAGCACGAAGGCAGGAGACUGGCCGUGGCAUGUUGCGAUAUACCGGCAGGAGAGAUCAACGUUGAAGUAUAUAUGUGGAGGAACUCUUAUAUCCAAACAUAUUGUUUUAACAGCUGCCCAUUGCACUACGUUAAACGGAGUUCCAGUUCUGCCAGAUAUUUUGGGCGUAUUUGCAGGGAAAUAUUACCUGUUCCGAAGCGAUAUUACCACCCAAGAAUUACAGGUCCACCAAGUGAUAGUCCAUGACGAAUACAGUCACACAACUCUUAAGAAUGAUAUAUCGUUGUUGAAAUUAAGAACUGAAGUUAUUUUCAACAAUUACGUACAGCCUGCUUGUCUGUGGUACGACGAGGCUUAUGACAAACUCACUUCGUUUGAUAUCUUUGGAACGGUGGUUGGGUGGGGUUUCGACCGAACGGACUCCUUAACUACGUCAAUCCAUGCAGCUACAAUCCCAUUGAUUCCUAACUUAUCGUGUAUUUUAAGUAAUCCAAUUUUCUAUUCGAAUGCCAUAAAAGAUGGGAAGAAAUUCUGCGCUGGAUACAAUAACGGUACAUCGGCUUGCAACGGCGACAGCGGUGGGGGUUUCAUGGUCUUCUUACCUGAUGAUUUAACUGAUAACACCAAAAAGACGCCAGGUGCUUGGUAUGUCAGAGGGAUCGUCUCCGAGAGUUUGUCAAGACAAGAUGCUCCGAUUUGUGAUCCGUAUUCAUAUACGGUAUUUACUGAUGUGUCUCAAUACUUGAACUGGAUUAAAAACAAUGUUGGGACUUAAAUUUAUGGUUUCCUUCAACAAAGUGCAUUUUUAGGUGUAUGGUGGUUCUAAGUGCUAAGGUUAAACGGACUUUCUAAGUUAUUUCCACAUUAAUGAGUAUUGAAAUGGACUACGAAUAGUUUGAAUUAUUAAUAAUCAAGUAAUUCUAAUAAAAUAUUUAAGUACUGUU